AUGCGUUCGCCAGUGUCGCCUUUUGACGACCCGGCGAAGCACUCGUUCGAAUCUCGGAGAAACUGUGCUUACCCUACGCCGCACCCUGAGCCUUCGUCUAUGGCAGAGUCUGCGCGCGGCUUAGGUAUAUACGACUGCUCAAUGCCACAUCAGCAGAGCUCUGUUCAAGCACUUCCACCCUCUCCCCAGCAAUCUGAAAGCUGGUCACACUCAUCAAUGGUCGAACAAGAUCCUUAUCUCCAGACAACGCAACCUCCCAACAUCUUGACCGCCGCUUAUGAUCCUUUCUCUGAGUAUCCUAGCAACAGCCACAUGAUCUCGGCAGCCUCAGAGGAAGCACCAGGCCUAGUCUACUGCCCAACUCCACCAAGCACGAACAUGCCUUCGCAUCGUUCUUCGGUGUCAUCGUCCUGUUCACCACCACACCAACAUGCCGAGUACUACGGUUCCCGGGUCAAGGCCGAAGAAUCAGCCUGGUACCCAUCGCCCGACAACGAUCAAGUCUUGCAGCGCUCCUUGCCCACACAGAGCUUCUCGCCGUAUUCCAAUGGCGUCACCGCCAUCCACGGCUCCACGGAGGAUCUCUAUAAGAGUCCCACCGGCGACUGGGCUAAAGUCGCUUCUGCGCCGUACCCUAUGGAACUUCAUACCGAGAACCUGAUGAGCGAUGAGAUCCGUCCACGCUUCGACAGCGCUCCGGUUCUGCCAAGCGUAAACCGCAUCAAGAAGAAGCGCCAAAGGACCACACCCGAAGAAGCCACCCAUGAGUGCCGAGUCUGCGGAAAGCUCUUCAAGCGGAGUUACAACUGGAAGUCGCACAUGGAAACCCACAACCCAGAUCGCAAGUACCCACACCCGUGCACAGCGGACGUGAACGGUCAACGUUGCUCGAAGAAAUUUCAAAGGAAAACCGAUCUCGACAGGCACUACGACAGCGUACACCUCAAAGCCAAGAAUCACUGCUGCAAUCUCUGUGGCAACCGCUUUGCCCGAAGAGACACACUUCGAAGACACACCGAAGACGGUUGCCCCAAAAGAUUUGAGGUUGGGCUUCGCGAGUCCGCCCCACCCGUGACACGCUGGCCAGUGCCAAAUUACCCACGAGAGCGUACCUACAGUCUCAACGGCAACGGCAUGCUGCCACCCAUGCCCCAUCCAGCAUCAGCGCAUGCCCCUCAACCAUCAUUUUUCCAUCGCCAGCCCGACUUCGUCAGCAGUCCACUGCAGACGACUACAACCCACUCAAUCUUUGCGCAAUGA